UGUAUAAGGUUAUGUCCAAUGUUGAAAUGAAUAUAAAAACAUUUUAGGCAAAUACGUUGGUAAUGAAUAAGUGCGGUGCAUUUUAAAAACAAAUACUUCAUCGAUUUUCUGUGAAAUUGACAAACAUUUUUCGAGAUGAUUCGAAUUUUACAGUCGUCACAAAAAUUGACCAUUUUUUCAACAAAUCGACGAUUGUUGCAUAUUGUUAAAUCAAUCGAAUUGGACGAACCUGCUUACCAUAAGACUCCGAUUGAUCCACAAAUUGUAUCGUUAGUUAAGAAAUAUGAAUCGGACAUUAUCUAUAGUUCGGCUGUUGAAUCAUAUAAGAAACCGCUAUCAUAUAAACAAAGAGCCGAAUUAAAAUUUAAACUCAACUCCAAUGAUUAUAAGGAACGAUUAGAAAAAGCAAGAGCACCAACAGUAUCAUUGAUUGCGCAAAAAUUUGCCCAAAUUUCUAAAUUAAAAGAAAAUGAGGAAACACAACCAGUAGCUGAAGAUGAACCAUUGAAAGUUGUAAACGAAUCGGAACCACCGGAAAAAAGGGAAGAAAAAGCGGUAUUGGCAAAAGCAAAAUUGGAAAUAUUAACGGAAUUGAAUAUGAGACAAUCGGCUCUUGAUUAUGAACUGCAAUCGGUGCCCGGCAAUUGGAUGGAGGACUAUGAAACGUAUGAUGAAAAAGAGUUGAUGCCAGAAACACAGUAUGGAACACCAGAUCCAAAUGCGAGAAUUUCAAAUGUACCAUGUCAUGGAUGUGGUGCAAAUUUACAUUGUGCCGAUCCCAGCAUUCCCGGCUAUUUGCCCAGCGAAUUGAUAAAAGGUCACGACAAGAACACACUCCAACGAUUGACUUGCCAACGAUGUCACUUUUUGAAAAACUACAAUACCGCACUCAAAGUACAGGUCAAUGCCGAUGACUACAUAAAUAUGUUAUCAAAAAUCAAAGACGAAUGGGCGCUUGCAAUUUUAAUGGUGGAUUUAACCGAUUUUCCAUGCUCAAUAUGGCCGAAUAUAGUUGAUAUCAUUGGCGAAAAACGGCCGGUCAUUGUGGUUGGUAAUAAAAUCGAUCUUUUGCCACAAGAUUCCAUCGAAUAUUUGAAACACAUCAAAGAAUGCUUGGAAGAUUCGCUAAUCCAGUCGGGAUUGACAAAGACGAAUAUCAAACAUACAUGUUUAAUAUCAUCAAAAACGAAUUAUGGAAUUGAAGAUUUAAUCACCACUCUUUAUGCAAUUUGGCCAAAUAAAGGCGAUGUAUAUUUGAUGGGCAACACAAAUGUUGGUAAAAGUACGCUAUUCAAUGCUUUAUUAGGAUCAGAUUAUUGCAAAAUUCGAGCCAGAAGUCUAAUACGGCGUGCAACAUCCAGUUUAUGGCCGGGAACAACGCUUCGCAUGUUAAAAUUUCCCAUUGCAAGACCAUCAAAUGCGCUGCUGAUUGAACGACAAAAACGAUUGCAGAAUGAAGAACGACAAAGACAAGCAUUGGAAAGUCUACGUCUAAGUCAAGUGUUUAGCGGUAGACAACCAGAGAAAACGCUUAUGGAACAUAUUGGUCUAACUUAUGAACUUGAACCGGAAUCAAAAUUUGAAAGUGCCGUAGAGUUAACGGAUGCACCACCAUUAGAAAAAUACUUCAAUGAGAAUCAUAAAGCGUUUAAAUUUGGAAAAUGGCUGUACGAUACACCGGGUGUUAUACAAAAUGAGCAAAUCAUCAAUUUGUUGACCAGCGAAGAAUUGCUCUAUACAAUUCCAAAAGAAACUCUAUGGCCAAGAGUUUUCAUUUUAUAUCCCGGUCAAACGCUAUUUCUAUCUGGACUUGGACGUAUUGAUUAUACCGGCGGCGCCAGUGAAGUGCGAUUGGCUGUGUAUGCAUCUGAAAAAUUGUCCAUAUUAAUAACGUCCACAAAUAUGGCUGACGAAAUCUAUGAACAAUGUCUUGGCACCGAUAUACUGAAUGUUCCACGCGGCACUGACAAACGAUUGCAAGAAUUUCCAGCGCUCAAACGGCAUUCAGAUAAAAUUUCAAUCGGAAAUUAUGCAGAGUUCCGAACAAUAUCCGCUUGCGAUAUCAUACUGUCAUCUGCCGGUUGGGUGUCUGUUAACAUACCACCAAGUCAAAUGGCAAACUUUCAUGCAUGGACACCAGAAGGACGUGGAAUAUUUGUAAGAAAACCAGCUCUACUCCCGUAUGCCGCCGAAUUAUAUCGAGGCAAACGAAUGAGAUUUACACCAGCUUACACUCAAAAAGAACCCAAACAAGUUAUGUAUUAAGAAGUUUUUUUGAUAGUCGUAGACAUUAAGAAAAUAAUCACUGUAGUUUGGAAUUACAAUUAUGUUGUUAAACUGUGACCGAAUAAAUGUCGAAUUGUGACCGAAUAAAACAUUUAUUUUUUAAAAAAUU